ACAAAGCCGAAGAUGAAAAGCAGAGAGAUAAGGCAUCUUCCAGGAAUUCCCUCGAGUCUUACACAUUCAACAUGAAAGCAACUGUUGAAGACGAAAAACUUCAGGGCAAGAUCGAUGAUGAGGACAAACAGAAGAUUCUUGAUAAGUGCAAUGAGAUCAGCAAUUGGCUGGAUAAGAACCAGACUGCAGAAAAGGAGGAAUUUGAACAUCAGCAGAAGGAGCUGGAGAAAGUCUGCAACCCCAGCAUCACCAAGCCGUACCAGAGUGCAGGGGGCAUGUCAGGAGGGAUGCCUGCGGGCUUCCCUGGCAGAGGAGCUCCUCCUUCUGAGGGUGCUUCCUCAGGCCCCACCACUGAGGAGGUGGAUUAAGCUAACCCCGGCGUAGAUGCAGCAUUGUUCCACA